AUGAAGACGUGGAUCCCAGCUAACAGGAGGGUUUUUUGUUGUGUCCUCCUCCUUCAAGCCCUGCUUUUUCUUGCUGUGAUCCUCAUGCAUCCUUGCCAGAAGGAUUGUCCCCAAAACUUCAACGGCGAUUCAGAGCGCGCCCUCAAGGCACAUCAGAGAAUAUGCCCAGCUGUUGCAUCCUUUCGCUCUUGCAUGAGCGAGACCCACAAGAAGGCUGCGCCACUUCGAAAGGAAAAAAGAAUGGCCCUCCUCCAAGACCGCCGAAUCCAUAAACUGAAAGAAACACACGAGCUGGAUGGAGUUUUGCCUACCCACUUUGAUGACAGGCAUGAGCCAGGCCCGUCUAGCGCAGGCAGCCUUUUUGACGACAGCUUGUCUCCAACAAUGGAUAUGGAAGAAAUAUCAAUGCAAGAUGCCUCAAGUUCUUCUGCUCCGCUGCUGCAUGCGAGUCUUCCAGGUGCCACUCCUGAGGCUCCUAGUAUGCUCUCUGACCUCCAGGGCCCACCAUUGCCAAUACAUCCUGCCGUUACCAGCACUGGUCGACCUGUCCGAACACGUCGCCUUCCUGCUCAAUACAUUGAUGAGAUCCCUGAGCCUGCCCCCAUCAUUUCCACGACUGAAGAUGCCCCCACCCAUGUCCUACCCCGUGUCCGCUUAAUUGUCCGUGAUACCAUACAGACCAUCAAGAAUAUAUUUGGCCUUUCACAACAGUAUUUACAUCGCCCAUCCUACGACCCCGAUUACUCUGUUCCAUCCCGACAUUCUCGCCCAACACACUACACCACUAGCAUCCUUUGA